AUGCAGUCAUACAAUUUGACCUACCUCACUCUCAAAGUUGGCACGGCUUCGAUCAAGUACAAAACCUCGAGGUGUCGGGUCGAAUCCUCGUCCAAACAACAACCGGACCCAGCAACUUCGACUGGGACCAUCGAAGCCAAGAAAUACUUACAUCAGAAGAGCCCCGGUUCUCCCAAGUCAAUGAUGUCCGGUCAAAACAAAUCCACCGGCCCGCUGGAGGCAUACUUCAACCCUCCCACCACAUGUUGCACAGUAAUGACCCAGGACAUCCGCGAAAUGCACCGCGCCGCCCAAACAUACAGCGCCAGCACCAGCGACCGCGACCGCGACCACCGCCGCCCUUCGUCCUACGACGCCGAAUAUCCUCGCGGCAACGAAAUCUAUGUUCUCGGCAAGGCGCUCGGGUCCUCCUCGGUCGACUGCUACCGCGGCAGCCGCGCCAAUGGUGUCUUGGACCUGGUCUUCGCCGGCGGCUGGAAGACUACCAAUGCCAUUGGUGAGGUGCCCAAUCCGGGUCCCAGGGAUGAUGAGGCGUUGGUGGUGAGGUGUGGUGUCUGGGCCAGGGACAUUCCUGAGAUCUCGACCGAGAGCGGCAACCUCCACAGCCACAGCAAGGACCGAGACACCUUUGUCAAAUUCGUCCGCGUCUUCCAUCCCCUCGAAGUUCGAUUCGGCUUCUGUGACGCCUGGGCUCAGGAGGCGCCGGAGCACCUCGUAGAGUAUGACAACAUCGGCGGCGGCGAAGGCGGCGCCCGCGCGGCCAACUGCUUCGCCUUGUACAUCGUCCGGCGCAGGCUGAAGUAA